GCACGGUCUCGUGAGAGACGAGAACCAAAGAUUAAACUCAUUUGUCUAAAAAUCAACCAGCAAACAAGCAGGCAACGAAGGAGAGAAAGGAAGAGAAGCCCCCAAAUUAGUCUGCCAUUUUCACUUUCGGACACAAGGGUCUGCUCAUCCGUGCUCUGCUUCACUUUCAAUCGGAGCAGUGAAUUUGAAUUUGGUUUGUGGAAUCUAGAGAGUGAUGAGUGGUGUUCCGAAGAGAUCUCACGAAGAGGGCGCUUCUUCAUCAGCAGCCAAGUACCCUCACGAGGAUUCAGGAUCUUCUUACCCUAACAAAUCAACUCAUCCCCUUCCCGUUACUCCACCACCUCCUCCUCAGGCUCACCACCACCAUCAACAACAACAGCCUCACCUUCACUCCAUUCCUCAUCCCCAUUCUCACCAACAACCACCACUUGCUUCUGCUCCUUCUCCUGGUUACGAGGUGGAAUCAAGAACCGUCAAGGGUCCGAGAAGUGAGCCUAGAGAUGGAGGAGGAGAGAGACGCUCUCCUCUUCACGGCGUCUAUCGCUCUCCCUCCCUGCCGGUGACUGGUUCUUCAAGCGAUCCUCAUUUGACUCACCCCUCCGUGACGUUGGAGUCGAGAGAUGGUGCUAAGGUUGAGAGCAGAGACAGCAGGAGUGAUGGGAGAGAGGUACAUGGUGAGGGUAAGAGGGAGGUUCAUGGUCCCAAGGGAGAGAGAGAUGCCAAGUUUGAGAGUAAUCCCGGAAGCUAUUCCAGGAGUGAUGGAAGAGGGAUAUAUGGUGAGGCGAAGAGGGAGGUUCAAGGUCCCAAGAGUGAUAGGGACGCUAAGCCUGAGCGUCUUGGGGAUGAUUUUAGUGGGAAAGGUCAUAUAAGGGAGAAUCAGAAUUACAAUGACCAGAAGGGUGAGGUUAAGAUGGAGAAGGAGGGGCAUGCUCACUUGCCUUGGAAGGAGCAGAAGGAUUACCAUAGAGGGAAGAGAGCUGAGGGCUCAACCGCAAAUGUGGAGCCGUGGGUUGUAUCCCGUGGUAAUAACCCUCAAGGGUCAACGGAGGUUGGGGUUAAAGAUUUAUCGGCUCCUGUGGAGGGAGCGCAUUUAGAAGGGCUUGGAGAAAACAAGGUUGAUGCAAAAGGAGAAGAUAGGUUCAAGGACAAAGACAAGAAGAGAAAAGAUUUGAAGCAUAGAGAGUGGGGGGACAGGGACAAGGAUAGAAACGACCGCAGAGGGUCUGUGCCUUUUGGUAGUGUAACGAGCGAACCAAGAGAGAUUGGAAGAGAGACAGAGAAGUGGGAACGGGAGAGGAUGGAGCAGAAUGAUCGAGAAAGGAAUAAGGAGAAGGAGAAGGAGAAAGAUCAUGUGAAAAGAGAGCCGCGGACUGGUGGUGCUGAGAAAGAGGUCUCGCAGAACGAGAAAGAGUUGGGAGAAGCAUCUUCCAAGCCUGCAGAACAGGAACACGUGGCACCUGAGCAGAAGAAGCUGAACGAACCGGAGGGAGAUGAAAGAGAAUCAAAGGACAAAAGGAGAGAGAGGGAAGGCGACUCUGAAGCCGAAAGAGCUGAAAAGCGCAGCAGAGUCGGUGAAAAGGAACCUGAAGAUGGGUGUUUGGAGGGUGAAGGAGCUGCAGAGAGGGAUAAGGAUGCCUUCAACUGUGGAGUUCAGCAACGGAAGAGAAUGCUGAGACCGAGAGGCAGCCCACAGACCACAAACCGCGACCGUGUCCGUUCACGGAGUCAGGACAACGAAGGGGUACAAGGCAAACCAGAGGUGCCGGUUGUUGUUUACAAAGUUGGGGAAUGUAUGCAAGAACUGAUUAAGUUGUGGAAGGAAUAUGAAUCAUCACACCCUGACAAAAGUGGUGAUUUUGCAAGUAAUGGCCCCACUCUUGAAGUCCGGAUCCCAGCUGAGCAUGUUACUGCUACUAAUCGCCAAGUAAGAGGUGGCCAGCUAUGGGGUACAGAUAUAUACACAGAUGAUUCCGACCUUGUUGCUGUUCUCAUGCAUACCGGUUACUGUCGGCCCACUGCUUCUCCUCCUCCGCCGACAAUGCAAGAGUUGCGUGCAACCAUCCGAGUCUUGCCGUCACAAGAAUACUAUACUUCCAAGCUGAGGAACAAUGUCCGCUCUCGAGCAUGGGGAGCUGGAAUCGGAUGCAGUUACAGAGUUGAGCGGUGCUAUAUACUGAAGAAAGGAGGUGGUACCAUUGAACUCGAGCCCUCUCUUACCCACUCCUCAACCGUUGAGCCAACACUUGCACCAAUGGCUGUUGAAAGAUCUAUGACCACCAGAGCUGCAGCUUCGAAUGCUCUGCGGCAACAAAGGUUUGUUCGAGAAGUAACAAUACAAUACAACCUCUGCAAUGAACCUUGGAUCAAGUAUAGCAUAAGCAUUGUCGCCGAUAAAGGUCUCAAGAAGCCUCUCUUCACCUCUGCCCGCUUGAAGAAAGGAGAAGUUUUGUACCUUGAAACACAUUCUUGCAGGUAUGAGCUCUGUUUCGCUGGAGAGAAGACUAUGAAAGCAUUCCAAGCCUCACAACAACAACACUCGUCACAAGAAGCUAUGGAGAUCGAUAACAACAAUAACAACAAGUCACAGAACCACCUUCCUUCAAACGGUGACAAAACAGAAUCAGACAACAGUAUAAUAGAUGUUUUCCGUUGGUCUCGAUGUAAGAAGCCUCUCCCGCAGAAGCUUAUGCGGUCCAUCGGGUUUCCACUCCCACCAGAUCAUGUCGAGGUGUUGGAGGAGAAUCUUGAUUGGGAAGAUGUACAGUGGUCACAAACUGGUGUUUGGAUUGCUGGAAAAGAGUACACACUUGCUCGCGUUCACUUCUUGGCUCCCAAUUAAAAUUAAAGCUUACAUGGUUUGCCUUUUUAAUUUUAAUUACAAAAACUACCUUUAAUGUGUCUCUGUCUUUGUUUGAUCUUAUCUAUUGUUAAGACUUAAGAGAUAAUGGUUCCCUUUGAGUUGUAUUGUGUUCUUGUUGCUGUUUUUUUUUUUGUAAACUUUUUAAGUCAAAAGAUUUAGUUGUUAAUUUUGUAAUAAAGAUAACCAAUCCAUUUGGAUUUUGCUUCUCA